CAAUUUGUUUACCAAUCUCUGUGCCGAAAGUAGGAAUAAUCUCCGCUACUCCCUGAAAGUUUUUUUUCAAAUUAAAUAAUUUAUCAAGAAAGCUGUAUAUUGUUUUUAAAAUUGUGUUUUCCGAGUUUUUUGUUAGUUUAAUUACAUUUCAUAGAUACUAUUAGUGAAGCCCGCACGAUAAGUGUUUGGUCUCAUACAAAUCCGAGUGUUAAUAGAAGAAAAAACUUUUCCUUAAAAAAAAACAAUCGUUUCGUUGGCUGCUGCUAAGAUAUGAGCAACGCUGUUAUGAUGGAUUACGAGUUCAAGAUGAAAACCCAACAGGAACGAGCUAAGGUGGAAGACUUGUUUGAGUACGAAGGUUGCAAGGUUGGGAGGGGCACGUACGGACACGUAUACAAGGCCCACCGUAAAGAAAGCAACGACACUAAAGACUACGCGUUAAAACAAAUCGAGGGAACUGGGUUGUCAAUGUCGGCUUGUCGGGAGAUUGCGUUACUUCGAGAGUUGAAACACCCCAACGUGAUCAACCUGAUUCGAGUGUUUUUGUCGCAUACAGACAGAAAAGUUUGGUUACUGUUCGAUUACGCUGAGCAUGAUUUAUGGCAUAUUAUCAAAUUCCAUCGAGCGGCAAAAGCAACUAAGAAGCCCGUUAUGGUUCCGAAAGGAAUGGUCAAAAGCUUACUCUAUCAAAUAUUGGAUGGCAUCCAUUAUUUGCACAGUAAUUGGGUUCUACACAGAGAUCUGAAACCUGCCAAUAUCUUGGUGAUGGGUGAAGGUAACGAGCGUGGUCGUGUCAAGAUUGCUGAUAUGGGUUUCGCUCGGUUGUUUAAUGCCCCAUUAAAGCCACUAGCGGAUUUAGACCCCGUCGUGGUCACAUUCUGGUAUCGUGCUCCAGAGUUGCUGCUUGGCGCCCGGCAUUACACAAAGGCGAUUGAUAUUUGGGCAAUUGGAUGCAUCUUUGCGGAACUGUUGACUUCCGAACCAAUAUUCCAUUGUCGGCAGGAAGAUAUUAAAACUAGUAAUCCAUAUCAUCACGAUCAACUGGAUAGGAUCUUCAACGUGAUGGGCUUUCCACAGGAUAAAGAUUGGGAGGAUAUCAGAAAAAUGCCGGAGCAUCACACUUUGACGAAAGACUUCAAGCGGUCCAAUUAUGCAAACUGCUCUUUGGUGAAAUAUAUGGAACGACACAAAAUUAAGCCGGACAGCAAGGCUUUCCAUCUGUUGCAGAAGCUGUUGCUGAUGGAUCCAAAUAAACGUAUUACUUCGGAACAGGCCAUGCAAGAUCCGUACUUCUCGGAGGACCCGAUGCCCACAGCGGACGUUUUUGCUGGUUAUCCUAUUCCAUACCCGAAACGUGAAUUUUUAACCGACGAGGACCAAGAUGACAAGGGUGAAAGCAAACGCCAGCAGCAGCAACAACAGCAACAGCAGCAAGCUAAUCAACAAGCUCAACAGAACCAACAACAACAGGCGAAUCAUCAAAAUCAACAACAAAACCAACAACAGCAAACAAACCAACAAAAUCAACAAUCGCAACAGCAGCAGCAGCAGCAACAACAACAACAGCAGCAACAGCAAGCUCAAGGUGGUGGUAUAGAUCACAAUGCUGCCAAGCGUGUUCGGAUGUCUGGUCCAAAUGGCCAACCCGGAAACGGUAUGAAUCAGCAGGACUAUCAAGUCCAACAGGCCCAGCAGGCGGCUGCUGUGGCACAGCAACAGCAGCAACAACAACAACAACAACAGCAACAACAAAUGAUGUUCAAUAACGCCCAGCAGGGUGGAUUCCAGCAGCGAUAUUAAAACUAAAGUGAGGUAGGUAAGCAUUAUUCGUUCUAUAAAUUUUAUCUUUAUAGACAACUGUA